AUGCCACCAAAACGUAAAAAACGUACAUUAGAAAAUGAUGAAUCAUCGUCAAGUUCAAAGAAGACUAGAUUUAUCGAUGAUGAUGUUAUUAUUGAGUCUGCUACAAUGACAGCAACACCAACUGUUAAACAACUUGAUCCAGCUGAACGACAGCGAAAAGCUCUUGCUUACAAAAGUUUUCUUAAUCGAGGUGGACCAGAUGCACCUGGUUCAAAAGAUAUUCCUCAAGGUGCUGAAGGAUGUUUGAAAUUAUUAACUUUUGUUAUUACAGGUGUUUUACCAUCAUUGGAACGAGAUGAAUGUAAAAGAAUUAUUGAAAGUUAUGGUGGUCGAGUUACAACUGCAGUUAGUGGUAAAACUGAUUAUCUUAUUACUGGACGUGAUUCUGGAAAAACUAAAAUUGAUAAAGCUGAAAAACUUCGUAUUAAAAUUAUCUCAGAAGAUGAUUUACUUUAUAUGAUUCGAACACGACCAGGAAAUAAAGAUACGAAAUCAACAACAGUAAUUCAAUCACAAAAAACAACUAUUGAUAAGACUUCAUUUGUAUCGAUUUCAUCAUCAAAAUUAAAUGUAUAUAGACAAGAUGAUGGUAUUUUAUGGGUUGAUAAAUAUAAACCUACAUCUUUAGGUCAAAUUGUUGGACAACAAAGUGAUAAAUCAUCGAUGAAAAAACUCAUCUAUUUUCUAACAAAUUGGCAUACAUGGCAUACUAAACCAACAACUGGUAAACGAAAGAGAACAGCUACAAAAUCUGAAACUAUUGCAUCAACUGAUCCAUCAAAAUUUAAAGCUGUUUUACUUACUGGUCCACCAGGAGUUGGUAAAACAACAACCGCUCAACUUGUUUGUAAAGCAUUGAAUAUGCCAUAUAUUGAACUUAAUGCAUCAAAUAAUCGAUCACAAACAAUGAUGGAAAAAAUCGAACUUAAUUCCGCUUAUCUUACUGACGACAAUCAAAUAAUCAAUAAACAUGUCUUAAUUAUGGAUGAAGUUGAUGGUGUAACCGGAAAUGAAGAUCGUGGUGGUAUCCAAACAUUAAUUCAACUUAUUCGAACAACACGUAUACCAUUAAUAUUAAUUGCUAAUGAUCGACAAGCAGAUAAAAUGCGUACAUUAAUAUCACAUUGUUAUGAAAUCAAAUUUGAUCGACCAUCAUUUUUAAAUGUUAAAUCAUUUAUACUUGAUUUAUGUUCACGUGAACAUAUUCAUAUUACACAUGCAUCACUUGAUAAUUUAAUAAAUGCUUGUAAUCGUGAUAUUAGAAAAAUUAUUCAUACACUUAAUUUAUAUUAUAAACAAUCAUCAUUAUUAAUAACAAAUGUAUCAAAUUUAGAAAAAGCUCUAUCAACAAGUCCAUUUGAUGCUUGUAUGAAAAUGUUUUCUCUAUCGAAUUUAAGCUUAAUCGAUAAAACAAAUCUUUAUUUUCAUGAUUCUUCAUUAGUACCAUUAUUAAUACAGGAUAAUUAUAUUCGUGUUGUUCCAUCGAUAACUACCCAACGACAACGUUUAGAAUUAAUUUCGAAAGUAGCAGAUAGUUUAACAAUUGGGGAUAUAUGUUCAAAACUGAAUUUUAUCAAUGGAAAUCGAUCAUUGAUAGGAUAUCAGGCAAUGUUUUCUGGUGUAAUUCCAACAACAUUACUUCAUGGUUCAUUAAAUAACGUUCAAUUUCCUGCUUGGUUUAAUUUUAUGCAACAACAAAAAACGACUGAUCGUCGUAUAAUUGAACUUGAAACACAUUGUUCUUUAAAAAGUAUGACAAUCGAUCGAAAUGAAUUUAAUCUUGAUUAUCUUCCGAUAUUUAAUUGUUUAUUUAAUUCUUAUUUACAAAAAUCAAAAUUUAAAACUUGUAUUGAACUUAUGAAGAAUUAUUAUUUAAAUCCGGAUGAUUUACAAAUGAUAUUAACAAUAUCGAAUUAUGAAAAAAUGAAUCAACUUAAUACAAAAACAAAAACAUUAUUAACAAAAUCUUUAGAAAAACAACAUCGUACACCAUUUAAACAAAUUGAUAUUAAUAAAAUAAAACCGGGAUUAAGUGGUGCUCGAGAAGAUGAUGAUGAUUAUCAUAUGACAAUAUCAGAUAAUGAAGAUAAUGAUAAAGAAAAUUUAUCAGUUCGAAAACGUCGAAAAAUCAAAUAA